CAGGAUGUUCCUCAUUCAUGUGUUGCCCAUUUUCUCGGCUGGUCACUGGUGUGAAUCAGUUCAUAUCUGCUGAUGUUGCUGCAGUGUCUCUGAUGAACUGAUGGAGCUUUAUGGAUGAAGGAGAUGGUGGGCAGCAGGUGAUAUUUUUCUAAGAAAAAGCAAGCUCAAUAGAUUUGUCAGUCCAGAAAAAGAGACAGUACUUUAAAAGAAAAAUUUUAUGAUCACAUUUUUUUUAUUCCAGCAGCAUUUUCAGAGCUGACAUCUGAUACAGGUGAAUAAUGGGUGUAGAGGGAAUGGAAGUAAUUGCCAUUGCUGUUGUUCUGGGACUUUUUAUUGUUGUUCUCAAACAGUUUGGGAUUUGGGAGCCUUUGUCACUUGAAGACACCAGUGACAGUGUCCUUGAGCUCUCCAUGGUGCGGCACCAGCCGGAGGGCCUCGACCAGCUCCAAGCCCAGACCCAGUUCACCAGGAAGGAGCUCCAGUCGCUCUACAGAGGCUUCAAAAAUGAAUGUCCCAGCGGUUUGGUAGAUGAAGAAACAUUCAAAACCAUCUACUCACAAUUCUUCCCUCAAGGAGAUGCUACCACAUAUGCUCACUUUUUGUUCAACGCAUUCGACAUGGACAGAAAUGGUUCCAUCCGAUUUGAGGAUUUUGUGUUAGGACUGUCUGUUUUGCUCCGAGGCUCUGUUACAGAGAAACUUCGCUGGGCUUUUAAUCUUUAUGAUAUCAACAAAGACGGCUACAUUACAAAGGAGGAAAUGUUAGCAAUAAUAACCUCCAUAUAUGACAUGAUGGGCAGGUAUACCUUACCCAGCGUGCGAGAUGAUUCCCCUUUUGAGCAUGUGGAGAAGUUCUUCCAGAAAAUGGAUCGAAACAGGGAUGGAGUUGUGACAAUAGAUGAAUUCAUAGAAACCUGCCAAAAGGAUGAAAAUAUAAUGGCUUCCAUGCAGCUCUUUGAGAACGUCAUUUAGUUUCUGCAAGGAAAAUUGGACCUUGUUAUGCUUCCUCCUUCAAGCUCUUAUGCUGAAAUAAUGCCAGUUGUAUUCUAACAGAAAUGAUUUUUGGCAAGAAAACACUUAGGACACAUGUUUAUAAAAACUAGGAAACCGUUCCUGUAAAAUGUGAACAUGCAAAGAACAGUGCAGUAUCCACCACAUCACUUUAAAAGCUAUGUAUCUUUGCAUGAAAAUCUUUUUAUAUAUAUAUGAAAAGCAUAUAAAAAGUUGAAAAGCAUGUGAUAAAAACGCUUUGGAUGCAAUCAAAGGAUUCAUUGUCUUUUUUUUUUAUGUUCUUUGAAAUGUCAGUGCGUGAAAAUACUUUGUUAUGAAAUAACACUGUGGUGAUUAAACUUUGCUGUGAUGUCCUGGA